CAUUCGAGUCAAAUACUCAAAUAUAAAAUCUUAAUUUUUAAAAAUGUAUUUUUACUAUGUAUUUUAGUUAUAAAUUAAAUACAAAUUCGCUAUAAAUUUAAAACAUUCAAUUCGAUGUAAAAAUUUUAUAGUAUAAUUAUUUAUUUAGAUAAAUUCACUGUUCUUAGACAAUUUGUAAUUUUUUAAAUUUAUUUAAACAACUUAUAUCUACCUAAAAGCUACUUCCAAUAUGCAGAACAAACUAUUAAUUAUUCCACUAUUAAUGUUAUUAGGGAAUGGAUGCAAUGCAGAUUAUACGACUAAUGAAUGUUCAUUACUGGGUUUCAAUAAAGCAAAUCUUUUAUGUUCAUCUUGUGAUCAACUUAAAAAGUUCCAAUUGACAUCACUAAGAGAACACUGCAUGAACUGUUGUCAAAUUGAUGAAGAAAAAUCUAUUAAAGUAUAUGCAAAAGCCAGAUUGGAAGUUUGUACUUGUAAAUUUGGCGCUUAUCCUCAAAUACAAGCGUUUAUAAAAAGCGAUCGUCCCAACAAGUAUCCAAACUUAACAAUCAGAUAUGUACGUGGGUUGGAUCCACUAAUUAAACUCAUGGAUAGCAGUGGAAAUGUGCAGGAGGUUUUGGCAAUUGAACGAUGGGACACCGAUACAGUGGAUGAAUUCUUGAGCACUCAUUUAGAACGCAUCGAAGAUGAUUACCGGUCAAACCUAGUGUAAACUGUUUAAUGAGUAUUAUUAUAUUUGUACGUGUUUUCUUUUCAUUUAUACUACCACAAUUUUAUAAUGUUAAUAAUAUUCGUGUCGGAGUGUCAUAAUAAUUAUUACGCAUGAGCUCGGCUGCAUACAUACAGAGUAUCCCUUUACGAUAAUUAUAUAUUUUACGAAUAAUAGAACUUCGUGUACUUUUUUA